CAAUAUUCUCUAUUCAGAAAGAAAAAGAAAAGCUCAGUUUCCGAAUUCAAUUACUCUCGUCUCUCUCUCUCCGGAUGGGCAAUCUCUUUCGAAAGAGCAGAAGCAGGACGACGUCGUUUCGAGGGCCGCCGUCCUUGUCGACUUCCUCUUCGUCUGCAGCCGUCGUUUCAGACAGCGCCAAAGCCGAAGCCAAGAAGAAGUACGGUCUCAUCCCCGACCGUUUCUCUUCCCUCGACCAGGUAUCGAAAGCUCUGAGAGAGACGGGUUUAGAGUCCUCCGAUCUCAUUCUCGGUAUCGAUUUCACAAAAAGCAACGAGUGGACAGGAAAAGCUUCGUUCGAUUGGCAGUCCCUGCACGCUCUCGGGGAUGUUCCAAACCCGUAUGAGAAGGCAAUCUCUAUAAUUGGGAAAACAUUGGCACCCUUCGAUGAUGACAACUUAAUCCCCUGUUUUGGCUUCGGAGAUUCCACGACACAUGACGAGAAUGUGUUCAGUUUCCACAGUGAUCAUUCCCCGUGCCAUGGCUUCGAAGAGGUCUUAGCAUGCUACCGAAGAAUAGUUCCAAACUUGCGUCUUUCAGGGCCUACAACUUACGGACCGGUCAUUGAUGCCGCCAUUGACAUAGUUGAGAAGAAUGGAGGCCAAUUCCAUGUUCUGGUGAUCAUAGCAGAUGGUCAGGUGACGAGAAGUGGCAAGACGAGCCAGAGUGAACUCAGCCCACAAGAGGAAGAAACGAUUAACGCGAUAGUAAAUGCAAGCUCGUAUGCUUUGUCUAUUGUGCUUGUUGGAGUCGGAGAUGGACCGUGGGAAGACAUGAGGAAGUUUGAUGACAAGAUCCCCAAGCGAGAUUUCGACAACUUUCAGUUUGUAAACUUCACAGACAUUAUGACGAAAUAUUCUACUGAACCUGAGAAAGAAACCGCCUUUGCUCUUGCUGCUCUAAUGGAGAUUCCGUUCCAGUACAGAGCAGCCAUGGAACUCCGCUUACUUGGGCAACAGACAGGAAAAGCAAAGAAGGUAGUUCCGAGGCCACCGCCCGUCCCAUACACGCCCCGGCCUCUCUCGGCUAAUUCCACACUACGAUCACUUUCCUCGGAUGAAUCUACCCAGGCUUGUCCGAUCUGCCUGACCAAUGCAAAGGAUGUGGCUUUCGGCUGCGGCCACAUGACUUGCGGAGAUUGCGGGUCCAGAAUAUCGACCUGCCCUAUCUGCCGACAGCGUAUCACCAGUCGGCUUCGGCUUUACACCUGAUCAACACAAACAACAUUCUGAGCAUAACAAAACACUUGCACAUACUUGUCUUUUCUCCGACAGAGCAUAUACCGGAGUUAUCAGGCUUCUCCUCUGAAACACUUUCCGUAGUCGAUAUGUGCCGUGAAAGGCCUAAGAAAACCAUUUCUCUGUAACAAGAAUGGUGAACCAAUGUACAUGUUUAGAUUAUACAGUUUCGUUAUUUGUAAUAAAAUGUUAGAAAAGUGAAAAACUUUGGAACUAGAGGUCCAAGUACAAAAACA